AUGUCCGGACGCGGGAAGCAGGGCGGGAAAGCGCGCGCCAAGGCCAAGACGCGCUCGUCGCGGGCGGGUCUGCAGUUCCCGGUGGGCCGCGUGCACCGCCUGCUCCGCAAGGGCAACUACUCGGAGCGCGUCGGGGCCGGCGCGCCCGUGUACCUGGCGGCCGUGCUCGAGUACCUGACGGCCGAGAUCCUGGAGCUGGCGGGCAACGCGGCGCGCGACAACAAGAAGACGCGCAUCAUCCCGCGCCACCUGCAGCUGGCCAUCCGCAACGACGAGGAGCUCAACAAGCUGCUGGGCCGCGUCACCAUCGCGCAGGGCGGCGUGCUGCCCAACAUCCAGGCCGUGCUGCUGCCCAAGAAGACCGAGAGCCACCACAAGGCUAAGUGAGGAGGAGGAUUAAAAACAACAAAAGAACAAAAGGCUC